UCACUCCCUCUCCUCCCCACCCCAGGUAGUGGCGCUCCUGCUACCCGUGAAGGGGUUCACUAGGAGUUGCGAGGGGAGGUAAUUUACUCAGAACAAGAGGCCCGCCUUUAGGAAGUAUAAAUAGUGAGACUUCAAGAGCUGCGUCGCUAUCAGAUCUGAACUCUCCGCAGGAAGAAUUGUCAAAGAUCUUAACAUUGAACACGCGCACUCCGGCAGGGAAGCAUCAGUUCUCAUUUCCCUCUGGCGGCCCCCGCCCCUUCCCUCCUCCCCCCCUCUCCCCCUUUACCCCCUCCCCCUCCUCCUCCUCCUCCUCCUCCUCCUCCUCCUCCUCCUCCUCCUCCUCCUCCUCCUCCACCUCUUACUUCUUUUUCUCCUUCUACUUCUCCUCUUCUUUCUUCUCCUCUUUUUCUUCUUCCUCCUCCUCCCUCUCCUCCCCCAUCCCCCUGCCCCAUUGAUGUGUUAUUAUUGGGGGGGCUGGAGCAGUAAAAAAAGAAGGAGGAAAAAAAGAGCGGGGCUCGGCAGGGAGAGCUUGAGCGCGAGGCUGACCGGCAGCGGCAGCGGCCGCGAUGGAAGAACUUACGGCGUUCGUCUCCAAGUCUUUUGACCAGAAAGUGAAGGAGAAGAAGGAGGCCAUCACGUACCGGGAGGUGCUGGAGAGCGGGCCGCUGCGCGGGGCCAAAGAGCCCGGCUGCGUCGAGCCGGGCCGCGACGACCGCAGCAGCCCGGCAGUCCGGGCGGCCGGCGGAGGCGGCGGCGCGGGAGGAGGCGGAGGCGGAGGCGGAGGAGGCGGAGGAGGUGCUGGAGGAGGAGGAGCAGGCGGAGGAGCUGGAGGAGGGCGCUCUCCCGUCCGGGAGCUGGACAUGGGAGCCGCGGAGCGGAGCAGGGAGCCCGGCAGCCCGCGGCUGACGGAGGUGUCCCCUGAACUGAAGGAUCGCAAAGAGGAUGCGAAAGGGAUGGAGGACGAAGGCCAGACCAAAAUCAAGCAGCGGCGAAGUCGGACCAAUUUUACCCUGGAACAACUCAACGAGCUGGAGAGGCUUUUCGAUGAGACCCACUAUCCAGACGCUUUUAUGCGCGAGGAACUGAGCCAGCGACUGGGGCUAUCUGAGGCCCGAGUACAGGUUUGGUUUCAAAAUCGAAGAGCUAAGUGUAGAAAACAGGAAAAUCAACUUCAUAAAGGUGUCCUUAUAGGGGCUGCUAGCCAGUUUGAAGCUUGUAGAGUUGCACCCUAUGUCAACGUAGGUGCUUUAAGGAUGCCAUUUCAGCAGGUUCAGGCGCAGCUGCAGCUGGACAGCGCCGUGGCGCACGCGCACCACCACCUGCAUCCGCACCUGGCCGCGCACGCGCCUUACAUGAUGUUCCCGGCACCGCCCUUCGGACUGCCGCUGGCCACGCUGGCCGCGGACUCGGCCUCCGCCGCCUCGGUGGUGGCUGCCGCCGCCGCCGCCAAGACCACCAGCAAGAACUCCAGCAUCGCGGAUCUCAGACUGAAAGCUAAAAAGCACGCGGCCGCCCUGGGUCUGUGACGCCGGCGCCAGCGCCACGGUCGGUGGAGCCUUCUAUGCGGCGCGACCCCGCACGCUCUCCGCGACCGGCUGCUUCUCCCGCACCCGCUUCGGACCGACUAAGCCUGUCCCUUCCCCGCUGACUGCCGCCUUUUCUUUCUGCACCCUGGAUCCCUAGGGCGGGACUCUGCGCUGGACCCGGGAUCCCACGAGGACCACCAGCCCGGAGCUCCUGCCCACCCGCCCUUGGGACUAAAAUUCGGCUUUGUAGGAGCGGGUUUGGGGAAGUCUGGAUAGAGACUGGACAAAGGAGUGUGGCAACAGUGACCACAGCUGCGGCGACGGACUCGUUCAUAGGAAUAAAAUCUUGCUAACAACAAAUGAGCAAAAACAAAAAAGGAUAGAGAACAAACUAAAAAAAGAAAAUGAGAAAGGGGGCUUGUUUCUUAUUGCUAUUUGGCUGGAAUUAGAGAGAGAACGACGAAGCAAAACAAUUCUUAAAAUUAUUUUGUACAUAAAAAUACGGAAAAAUAACCUGGAUGAAUCUUGAGAGAAAGGGGGGAGGGAUUUACCAACUAAAAUGUAUGUUUUUUUAAAAAUGGUCCAAGGAAACAAAACAGAAGGAAGAGGUAUACUUAUUUAAAGAAUUAAGAUGAAAAAAAAAAAGCGCAGCUGGGAAGUUCACAGGUUUUGAAGCUGACCUUUUUCUGCGAAGUUCACUUUAAUACGAGACAUUUGAUAAGAGAGGCGGGCCUCCUUUUACGUUGAAUCUGAUGCUUUGAGUUUUAAAACACCAUGUUUGGAAGAGCAAGAAGAGGGAAGACAGUGUGGAAACGAGGAGGGAAAAAAGGACGUUCAUACAAAAAAAAAAAAAAGCGAUACCACAGACAAUGAUUCUUCUGAGAAAUUAUUAAGGCAGAACUGUCCAGACUGCUGACAGUAAAUUCUGGUUUGCAUGUUACUUGUAUUCCAUUGAUGGUGUCCCCUCCCCUCCCACUCUCACGUGCACUCACUACACUUUCAUUCUCCGUAUGAAAAGCGUCUGGAAAUUGAUGUGAAUCCAUAUAUAAUUUGUCCGGCCCUUGAUCCCAAGGGGCAAAGGAAAAAAAAAGUCGUAAGGGAGUAAAAUACACUCUGAGUCUUCCAAGAAGAUGGAGGCUGUUAGAAAAUAUGGGCAAAGAAAAGAGACGAGCAAAUGAAGUCACGAAGGUAUACAGCCGCGCAUCGUGAUAGGCGCUUGAUCUGUUUAGUCCCUUUCCGUGAAUUCCCUCUUGCUAGUUUAAGUCCUAUUUGAGGACAACGCUUUAUUCCCACCUCCCUCUCUAUCCCGAAAAUUCACCUUAAACGACACCCAACUAGGUACAGACACUAGGUUUGUGUAUAAUAUGUUGAUAAACACGAACAAAGUUUAUUUUGGCUAUAAUGUGUGAACUGAUGGUUGACUUUCAACAUUUGCAUUUUAUCUCACAAAGGUGUAUCUAUUCAAGUAAUUUUUGGUUUUGUUUCAAUUCAUGUAGCUAUUUAAACAGGGAUACCUUGGGCUAAGCAACCUGUAGCCCCAAUUCUCUAGCAAGUCUCUUUAGGAACCCCCCUUUAAUUUACAUGAAAGAGGAAAAGCUCUUCUUACUGAACUUUGGUAUGCGUUUGAGCUUUGUAACUAUUUGUUCUCCAUGAAAACAAAAUUAUUUAUAUUUGCCAUAUUUUUUCUAGUGUAUUAAGUUAUUUUAAACAAAAGAAGAUGCUGUUAUGACGUGUUGUCAGUACAAAAUGUUUCUGCUCCACUUCUGUUAGACCUUUUAAAUAAGUGCCAAGUUAUUAACCUAAGACACUUUGCGAUCAAUUGAAUGAAAAUAGUAUUGUUUCAUUUGAUGGGGUGCGCGUCAUCUUUGUUCUUGUUACUAUUAAAAUAUCCGGGAUACUCUUUCCUUUUUCCUUUUUGGUGAUAUAUUCAUAUAUUCUCUCUCAUAUUCUCUCUCCCAUAUUCAUAUUCUCUCUCUCUCUCUCUCUCUCUCUCUCUCUCUCUCUCUCUCCCCCCUGCUCCCCCCCCCACGCUGCACUGCUCUUAAGUGAAAGUAGCCAAGGAACCCAGAAAAAGGUGGCCCUGUGGAUCCCUAGCACUGAGCGCAUCUCCUCCCACUUCACAUUUAAAUACCUACUGUGGAGCCCAGAUUAUGCUAAACCAACAAAAAAGAACAGAUUAGGAAAACAACAAAGACCAGAAUCCCCUGCCUAAGACAUUUCUCCUUCAUUUUGCUAUACUUUCAUCCUUAAAGUUUGUUCGGGUCAUUUUGGGAGAAAGAAAAUAAUGGUCACGCAGCGGCCUCCGGGCUUGUUAUAUAUGGUAUUAUCAACAAUCGAUCGCAGAUCACAUAACUUCCUGGAGCUGCUGGUCUGGAAGUAGACUCAGGGCAGGAGACGCGUUAGGAAACAAAGCACCCCCACCCCUUUCUCAGUCCUGUUUGGCGUCAAUCUCCCUCAUCCAAACUCUCAGCGAGCUUGAAGAUGGGUUCCUGCCCUGCCAAUCUGUGUGUGUUAAGAGGGUUGGGUGGGUGAGGGGGACAUGGGGGUGGAGGUAUGUGCGCGCGCACGCGCGCGCACUAUGAAGACCUGGAGACCCAGUUCCAAACAAGCCUGAGUCUGGAAUGUUCUUUCUAGCACCUGCCCAGACUCAAGAAGAGAAGCCUCCUGUGGAGGUCCCUUAGCCACCCCUAAGGUCCCGAGCUGGCAGAUAUAGUGACCCCUGCGGAGCCCGCAGCGCGCUCUGCUUUCCUCUGGGACUCAAUUCCCCUUUGUAGCUGAUCCUCAGACUAGAGGUGGGGCAAGAAGUUGGUUUGUCCCUUGGCUACCAGAAACGGGGAGCAGGAGCCUGUCUUGUCCUUCCAGCCCAGCCUUUGGCUUUCUUGGUUGGUGAAGUCGCUGUUGGCUAUAGAGUAGUCCUGCUCGUCUGCCCGGCCCGGGAGAGGUCCCGGCGGCCCCGGAAAGGUCUUGGUGUGUCCUCCGGACCUGGCUCCGAAUCUUCAGGGUCUAAGUGACAGUUUUAAACUCAGAUCAAGGCAGGUUUCAUCACUUUCAAGACACCCCCACCCCCAAAGGGAAAGCGGAGGUCUCACGAGGAGAACGUUGAGUCAGGGAAGCGGCAUGGGACCUAGUGCCCACUUAUGGCUCUUCAAGGUAUCCUGGGCGAAGUCCCAGGUCAAAGGCAGUGGCACGUCCUUGCCCGCUGGGAGCUGGGUAGCAUCAACGCCCAUGUAGCCGGCCUACCACGACUGCUGAGGUCCAGGGAGCGAGAGGAAAGCUAGGUCUAGUGAGAAAGGCCAAGGGUUCUUGGUCGGGUCAGAGAUACCAAGCCACCACUUCCUCUUCCUACAGGCGCAGUAGGAUACAGGCGGAUGGAUCACCCUAAGUGUCUGGGGUCCGAGCCUUUGAUCCAGGCUCUCUAGGACACUUUCCCAGAACUUUGCCGCCCAAACUGUUGGGCAGACGACUGUGUGAGCCAAAUCCAUACCCCGCGUUUUCGGAACCACUCCCCCAGAAGGGGUUUGAGGAUGUGUUGUCCAAAAUACUGUAAUUGACUUCCCAACCUUAAUCUUGGAAUGCAAACCUUUCCUUAGUUAGAAAAUCUACAUUGGGGGGUGGGGGGGUGGGCGGAGCUGAGUCAAAGUGGUUUACUCAAGGCAAGAUUACUAAUAAGGACUCCUUGGUCUGGGAAUCACAGUUUAUUAAAAAAAAUUCAGAAUUGAACUGAUACACAUCUAUUUUGGACAUCCCCUCCCCCCAGGAUUGUAACUUUUAGAUCUUCAGAUGGUAAUACUUUAUUAUAAUCUAAUGCUCAAAUUUUGGAACUAUUUUGAUUUCUGAAAAAUGCCUUUUUGGCUUCAAGAACAUGGGAUCCUGGGAUUUUUUUUCUUCACAAAUCAGUUUACAUCAUAAAUUGCAAACAUUUGCAAUAAGAUCUCAAGAUUGUUUAUUUUACAUAACCUCAAGCACUUGACUAUGUUAAACAUCAGUACAGAGAGCCUGUGAAAUCAGUUUAAUGUGUGUCAGGGAAUUAAAGGGUCACGCCUUUUCAUCACAAAACAAAGCAUGUAAGACUGUUUUGAUUGUCAGGCUCCCAAAUUUUAAAGUCUUACAAUUGGCUAUUAAUUUUAGAGUCAUUCUGUACAAAACUAAUUACGAAAGUCAUAUACUGCUUUAAUUAAGUGUUUCUGGGCAGAAGAAAAUGAUGUUCUACAUGGGGAAGUAGAUGAUUGUUUUAAACAUUAUAUUAUUUUUAGUCCAAACACAAAUAAAAGCCUGCAAAUUCUAAUGUGGGGAGAAAGGCCUAAAAUGGUUUCUUAAUGUGCCAUUAGAACAGUUAGUCAAAUGGCGUUAAAGCACCAUCUCCAACCCAGAAAUAACAAAUAUGUCAUUCUAACGAGAGUGUUAACUUAUGGAUAAUUUAUUCAGGUAGUUUUUACAUUUCACAUGGAAAGUCUUAUUACGACCUGCCUGACUGCUGUGAUGCUUGUUUUUCAAAAUCUAAUUUAUAUAGGCUUGGGAUAUACAUAAUUCAUGACUCCUGUUGAUAUAUGUAUACACACUUUGAAUUUUAAGUCUUUACAAUAUGUUUGAUUGUUUGCUAGCAUGUUUUUAAGACAAUUGAAAUAAAAGCAUAUAAACAUAAAA